AUGGCGACGUGGAGGGACGGUUUGAGCGACCUGGAGCGCGAGAUGCUCGUGCACAGCGAGUCCAUAGGAUUAUCUCCUUACGCUCGCACGCCUGCAAAACGUCCAAAGCGGUCCGUCGACGAAGAGGACGUGCCAGCUCUGCCCGAUCCGAGUCCGGACCCAGACGCUUGGCGUCUCAUGAACACGGCGUGGUGCUCUUGUAAAAGAUGCGAGGUUAUGCCGUCCUCAAGGGAGUGCCUGUGUUGCCGGGAAUGCAUACCUGCGAAGGCAGCACAGCCGGAGGGCUGUAUUACGGAGCACGCGGACUUCGUGCUGGUCUGCCUCCAGCCCGCCGUGCUCCGAGUUGCCCUUUGGGCUCUGGAGGAUGCAGAUAUCCCCCGACGCAGGGAGAACCGAUGUGCGUAA